AUGGAGUUCGCGCACGCCGUCUCUUUGCUCGUUAUACUCUCGCUCCGGACCGUACCGGCCGCCACGACAGCCGCUGUGCCGGUGCGAGCCGGCGUCCAGGAUCCGGCAGACGGCGCUAGCACGGGGGGCCGCGGAGGCAUCGCAGUGGCGCCGGGGGCCUACCACCUGGACCGGCUUCCCGGUGGCUCACCCGAAGAUGCUACACCGGCUGCAAAGAAAUGGACAUUUAUAUACUAUAGUUUUUUAGCAAGUCGAUUUUCCACAUUUACAUUCACUGGCUACUGCAUUGACGUCUUUGAGGCUGCCGUGAAGAACCUACCACAUGUUCUUGAUUACGACUUCGUUGUAGUCGACGGUUUGUAUGACCAAAUAGUGCGCAAUGUGUCUUCAGGGAUCUUUGAUGCAGCAGUGGGUGACAUAACCAUAACUGCCGAGCGAGCUGUUCAUGUGGACUUCACGAUGCCAUACAUUGAGUCGGGCGUGUCAUUGCUUGUGCUCAACGAGGAUGACUCCAAGCCAACAAUUGAAUGGGUCUUCUUAAAGCCACUGACAAUGGAACUUUGGUUAGCAAUUGUGGGUGGCUUCUUUCUCACUGGAAUAGUUGUGUGGAUGAUUGAGCGGCCUAAAAACCUGGAGUACCAAGGAUCGAGUUCGAGACAGUUCAGCACCGCUCUCUACUUUUCUUUCUCUACUUUGACAUUUUCUCAUGGUCAAAUUAUUAGAAGCCCUCUGUCACAAAUUGUUGUGGUGAUAUGGUGCUUUGUCGUGCUGGUUAUAGUGCAGAGCUACACAGCUAGCUUAUCAUCCAUUCUGACUGCAAAGAGGCUCCGGCCUUCUGUGACAAAUCUUGGCCAGCUCCUAUCAGAUGGUGAUUAUAUUGGAUACCCAUCUGGAUCAUUUGUAUAUUCUGUCUUGAAAAAACAAGGCUUCGCCAAAAAUAGGUUAAAGGCCUAUGCGAUGGAAGAGGAAUAUGCUAAUGCUUUGAGAAAGGGCUCAAAGAAUGGAGGUGUCGCGGCUAUAGUUGAUGAGCUCCCCUAUUUAACCUCUUUUCUCUCUGACCCUCGAUAUCAUAACGAGUUCCAGAUGGUUAACGGCUUAUAUAAGACACCUGGAUUUGGUUUUGUGUUUCCACAAGAUUCUCCACUGGUACAUAGUCUUUCAGUUGCCAUCUUGGGCCUGAUAGGUGGGGAUGAGGGAUCACGAAUUGAAGCAAAAUGGUUAGGCACAACGACACCAUUGCCGAGUUAUGGCAUCCCCAACACUGACACCACACCUCUCACUUUGCGAAGUUUCUCUGGUCUCUUCAUCAUCACUGUAUGUAUCUCAGCUCUCAUGCUGUUGAUAAGGAUUGCCAAGUUGGUUCAUGCCAAAUACACCAAAGUGAGGCAUUCUGAUAUGCAGAGUGCCGAUGGGGAUGGUGGAAGUGAAGGCCACGGAGGAUCUGUUACGCUGCAGAAUGACAUGGGCGACAGGCCUACGGAUGAUCAACCCCACCAUGAAGCCAGAUAUGAGGAUCCCCAGGGUGUCAGCGGGAUCAGAGAAAGUCCUGGUGAUGUAGAGCCCAAUGGAUCUGUGCCCGAAUACGCCAUCCUAAUCGAGAUGAGCACUCAAUGA